AUGGGGCAGGUCGGUGUCGGCAGCCCCGGCCCCGCGCAAUGUGCGCUCCGCUUCCCCCUCCCGCCGCAGCCGGGGCUCCGCUCCGUCCCCGCCGCCACCGGGACAGCCCCGGCCGGGAGCGGCGUCCAGCCGGCUUCGCUCUGCUCCGCCGCUCCGCCACCAUGUCCCUCUGCAGGGGCCGCCUCGCAGGCGCUGGCCGCCCGCCUGAGCAGGGCCCCUGCCGCCGCCAGCCGCCUCAAGCAGCGUGCGCCUCCUCGCCAGAUGUCAUCUGGGAGUGUUCCUGGCUCUUCUAGAGACAGCAUGAUGAUCUAUCUCCUUGCUGGUGUUGCUGCUUUUGGUGGUUUAUUUUAUGCCUACAGAGUAGUCAGUUCACCCCGCAGCAAGUUUGUUGAAAAUACAAAUAUUCUUCGUGAGAGAGCUGAGGAGCAGAAAAGCAAUCCUUGGUCAAGAAAGGAAGGUGAUGGAGAAGAGGUGAAAGAAGUCACUGGAGCAGAGGAGGCCAUGGAAGAAGCUGAGGCAGCAGCUGCUGUGGAACCUGCAGCACAGGAGGAGAGUGCUGGACCCACAGCACAGGAUGAGACUUCUGGGGUGUCCCCAGAAGCUGGAGGGGAGGAUGACUCACUGGCUCCAGAGGAACCCCGUGCUAUGGAGGAAGCACAGCAGGAAGCUGCUACUAAUUCAGAAGCUGAUGCUAAUUUGGAACUUGCUGAUAAUUCAGAAGCUGCUGCAGUUCAAGAAACUGUGAAUAAAGUCUUGGAUGUUGCACCUUCUUCUGCCCAUGAGGAAAACUUAGACAGUGACAAGGAAGGAGCAGCCUCAGCAGCUCAAGAGAUCUCUGACUCAAAGAGCCAGGACAACGAUGCUGAGGAGUUGUGGUGA